UCGAAUGCAACCUCUAAUGAGGCUAUCGCUACACGUGUAACCCACUUUAGUCACUCUGUGCAAGAGGUAUGAGAAGUGUCUGACUUAUACUUAAUUAUGGUCAUUUCAAAGUUGACAGACAAACACGCACUGUAUGAUACUGUGCAAUAGCUGUUAUGUUGGAUGAGAAUGAAGGUCAGCAUAUGAUAGUUCCUCCGGUUCAGCCCGUCAGCCCAUUUUGAUCUCCCCAACACUUUUCCAACCGUUAUUAUUUUUUAAUAUCAUGUGAUUUCUUUUUCAUUCCCCGCUAAAUCUGUGAUUUCCUGCUAAAUUUAGGGCUCACAGUACAUUAGACCUAUUUGAAAAGACUAGAAUGUCUUGUCAUAUCAUGUGCUGAUGUAAUCGUAAAUGCAGAGCAUACAGUACUCCUCAUUUAGUUAAGACUUCAAUUGUUAACCUGGUCUGAGGCUCAAGUCCUUGACCAUUUGCACACCAAUCAAGCACUCUGCCAAUUCAGUUGUAACCAGUGGGUGGUCCAGCAGCUUUGGUCAGCCAAUCUUUGGCGGAAGACUCACUAAAUCAAGUUUGCAUGCUCAAAAGAUCUCAUCUAUCAGUGUAUUUUGUGCCUUCUCAAGCUUUGGUCUAUCAAACAUACACAACAAUUUCAACCGAUCAGCAUUAUGAAGUGAGCAAGCUUGUGCCACAAUGCAGGGGUUUCGCUAAUGUUUUCAGCAGGAGGGCAUCCAGUUUUCACAGAUUCUCCUUUUCAGAUUUCUUCGAGGGAGACGGUUCAAAAGGUGUGUACUAAUUCGUCACGCGGUGACUCUCCAUCCACUUCACUGCCCUGCAACCAUUUCAAGUUCCUGUCUCCUGAUACGAGCCAAGUUAAAGAACUUACCAGUAUUUUAUACGGUAUUAUUUGCGGUCAAGCCAUGUUAGUGAUUCCCUACAAAUACAUAAAGGCACAGUCUGGUCCCUACGGGUUUCCAAGCGACCAAAACAUAACAAAGUCCUUUCAACAAUUAGUAGUAAACAUUGGGUCAGUUUCGAGUUUGUUUUUCGAUUGCUCAAAAUAUCGAAAUAUCGUAAAUGUUUUUGAAAAAGAAGUUAUAGUAAAAAAGAAAGGAGUAAGAAACGAAAUGGCGCAAUUUGGUCCAAAGAGAUUUUCAAGAAAAAGAAGUGUUGUUACUAUGUAGAAGUGAGCAAAGUAUCGACUUUGUGCCAUUGUUUAGUUCUAUAAUUUUCAGACUUGUUUUUGAAUAACGAGUCUUUAACAAAAGAAGUAUCGAGCUUGUCAUGCAUCAUUAGACACCCACGUCAACGUGGGAAAGUACGUUUCGCUCCCUAACAACAUUUAGAUCACUUUUCAGUCAAAACAGGAGUAUGUAUUUUAAUUGCAGAUACUAGAAAAAUCUUAUAACAAAAGUCUUUUUCGACUGAAAAAAUCCAGUGGGCUUGCUCAGGCAUGGUAGCGUUCACUCCUAGUUACUGUUUCUCGAACCAUCUUCCGUCUCAAACUUUCUUUUUUUUUUUUUAAGAAGUUUGGAGAUUUUUUGUAAAUCAG